UCCGUCACAUCCCGAGAUAUUCUGUUCGCCUGUCCCUAUCCACCACAGGAGCCGCUUUGCCUUGAGCUUCCAUAGGGAAAGCUUAUUCGAGGUGCAGAGAGCAGGAUAAAAAAGAGCCCCUCACCCUCGUUUGCAAGGGGUUUUGCUCAGAUCCAAGUCAGGCGGUUGGUACAAACAGAGAAGCAACAGGGAAUCCUCAGGGCAGGAGUGAGGGGAUUACAGCAACACUGUGGGACAAUCAGGAUCGGGGGAGCAGAGGGAAAGGCACAGGGGCCAAUGGGGCAUCCUGGAUUAGGGGAUUUCCAAGUGGGGGUUUCAAUUAGGGGUUGGCCCAGGGGCUGAGUGGCAGGGAACAUUCAGGAAAAAGGGGCAGGGUUACCUGGACAGGCAGGGAAGGGACUGGGACCAAGGGAGGGGAAUAACUUGAGGGACACCUUCAAAGGGAGUGUACAACAUAGGGAAAAAAACAACUUGGGGAAGAUGUGGGGGGAUAACAGAAUGAACCAUUUAACAAUAACUUAAUGAAAUAAAUACAAACUGCAACAGGUUCCUGUGUGCUCCACUGCUGUUGGGGUUCCGGGGUGGCCCUUUGUGAUGUGGGACCUGGUGGUGGCCAGAGACCCUUGUGACAUCAGGGAGCUCCGCCAGGGCUGAGGGUCUCCAAGGGGCGCGGAGCCCUGGGGUGCUCAUUCCCAGGAGAGCCGCUCUCUGAGGAGGAAGCAGCUCCCUGGCUCUGUCUGCGCCUGACGCCGACAGUGAUAGCGGCCGACAGCGACAGACAGCGACAGCGACAAGGACAAAGCCAACUCCAACUCCCGGUCCCACAGCUCCUUGCCCAGCUGGCUGGAAGCCACCAGCGAGCCGUGGUCAGGGGCAGUGGGCAGCUCAGUCCUGUCGCUGUCACAGAGUGAGGAGGAGGAGAGGAUCUUGGCCAAAAUGGGCCAAAAGCUUUCCCGGAGGGAAGGUGUGAAAGAGACCCAGCAGAGAGAAGUUCCAGGAGCCCAAGAAAUGUCCUGGCAGGGAACGAGGAGCGGCCAAGAGCUGUACCAAGGCCAGAGUCCCACGGAGGCCGAGCCGGCAGCUGCUGCCCCAGCUGGAGCUGCUGAGGAGGAGGAGAAGCCCCCUGAGCCUCUUGUUCCUGAGGCAGAAAAGGCAGCGGAGCCUCCUGCCCCCAGGGAGGAGCUGCCAUCCGCAGGGACACAGAGCUCGGUCCCUGCCCCUCCCAGCCCCCCGGGCUGCAGCCAGGCUCUGCUGGACUUGGCCUGGAGCAUCAGCGGUGAGAUGGUGAGCCAGGCACUGCUGCACAUCCAGGGAUGCAGGCAGCAGCCGGAGGAACAGAGGCACCUGGGGGAAAGGGAGGAUCCAGCAGGGGCAGCAAGAGGCCCGGCAGAGAUGACAGAGGGUCCGGUGCCUGCCCCACACAGCACCCCCAGCCCCUCAUCUGCCCCGCUGGGAGCCCAGGACCUCUGGGAGGAGCCGGAGAGGGCAGUGUUGGCGCUGUCAGGGCCAGUGCUGUCACAGCACUGGAGCCUGGAGGCCUUGGCUCCGGACAGCGACUGGGAUUCUGAUAGUGAGGAAGAGAGCCCGGUUCCUGCCCCACACAGAACCCCCAGCCCCUUGUCUGCCCCGCUGGGAGCCCAGGCCCUCUGGGAGGAGCUGGAGAGGGCAGUGUUGGCGCUGGCAGGGCCAGUGCUGUCACAGCACUGGAGCCUGGAGGCCUUGGCUCCGGACAGCGACUGGUCAUCCAACAGUGAGGAAGAGGAAGAAGAAGUGGAGCCAGAGCUGUCCCAGGGGACAGUCUCGCUCAUCCAAGAGCUGUCCCAGGAGGAGGACGAUGUGAGCUCCAGCUCUGGGGAGAAGCCUGUGGGCCCAGUGAAGGAGGGGGACACCCAGCCUUCUCCCCCAGAGGGGCCCAGCUCUGCCAGCCCCGUGGGCACAGAGGUGGCAGCAGAGGCAGCCCCUGCCCUGCCCAGCGCCUCUCCUCUCCCCGGCAGUCCCACGGAGGCCGAGCCGGCAGCUGCUGCCCCGUCCGGAGCUGCUGAGGAGGCAGCAGCAGGGUCAGGGCUGGCAGUGCAGGAGAAGACGGACGACUCCAAUGAGGAAAUGAAAUUCUGGCAAUUCUUGUAUGACCUGGAGCCUUUCCUGGUUGGAGACCCAGAACUGUCCCAGGAAGUGUCCUACUAUGAACAAUACACAGAGGAAGAUCUGCCCCACGGUGUAGUCAGCAGCUCCCAAGGCCCCUCCAACUGGGAAGAAUACCCUGAGCAAGUGCUGUGCGGAGGAGAUGUCGUCAGCUGCGAAGAGCUUUCGGACUGGGAAGAACACCUUGGCCAAGAGGUGUCCAGAGGGAAUGGCAGCAGACCCUCAGGACUCUCCAGCUGGGGCGACGACAGCGACACGGGGCUCGUGCAGGAGAACUGGCCCCAGCACGUCAUCUUGGCCAAGCCCUUGUGCCCCGAGGACGAUGAGUGGGACGAUGUGAGCCUCCUGGAGCUGCCCCCAGAAGACGGCAAACACCAGAAAAGGGAAGUUUUAGUGGCAGAGGGGCUCCCAGUGCCCGUCCCUCGGGAGGCCUGGGCUGAGUGCCCGGCACAGGAGCCGUGCAGCCAAGGGCCGGCGCCUGCCCCGCACAGCCCCCCAGCCCCUGGCCUGCCCGGCUGGGAGCCCAGGCCCUCCGCGGGCAGCCGGCUGCCCCCAGGAAACGUCCCUCCCGCUUCAGGCGGGCGCUGCGGGCGCUGCGGGGGCUGUUCCGCUGUCCCUGCCUCAGACCACGCACCGAGGAGUAAAACGGGCACGGAAAAGGGUGAAGAGGAGGAAGAGAAGGAAGGUUAA